AUGGCCUCCUACGACUCCGACCACGAACUCGGCGACCCAUACUAUCACGCGACCACCCAACCAUCCUCAUCCUCCCGCUUCGCCCGCCUCUCAAGGCCCCUAAUCGACUCAGUCCGCAACGGCUGGCAAUCCAGCCCAGCCUACCGCUCCCUCUCCUCCUCCCCCGAAAACAGUAAACACACCGGCUGCGUCCAGAUAGCUCUAUCCAUCAUCGCUGCCCCGCGCUUCCGCCGCUACGUGCUUGUUUACUUCGUUCUGUUCCUGCUCGGCUGGGCCGGGUGGGCUAUGGUAUUAUACCCUCGUUUAGAGGAGCGCGGUGCCUUGUUACACGCGCUGGAUCCUGCGUCAAAGGCGGAGGUUGGGGGGUGGUUUGGGAGUAACUCGCUUCCUCAGUUCGAUGAUUUAACUCACAUCCGUACCUUGGAUCCUUCGUUGGUACCCGUGGCUAGGAUCGAGGUGGAUCAAUUGCUUAAAAAGAUCGAAUUCUCCACGACGGAUGGAGACCAUCUGAUCCUCACGGGUGAUAUAAUUAACAAGGGGCCAGAUAGUGCUGGAGUCGUGGAUCUUGCCCGCAAGCUGGGAGCCUCGUGUGUGCGUGGUAACCACGAAGACCGCAUCCUGCUUCUCCGACAUGAGAUGGUUACGAUGAAUACACUCUUGACGGGCGACGAGAAGAAUGUGAAGCUACACGAGCCCUCGGAGAAGGAAGCCAAGGAACGCGCGCUGGCCCGCUCGUUGAGCGAUGAUCAAGCGCGGUGGCUUGAGGCUUGCCCGGUCAUCUUGAACGUUGGCUUGGUCCAGGGCAUGGGCCAAGUAGUUGUUGUACAUGCCGGUCUGGUUCCGGGCGUGGACCUCGAGAAGCAGGACCCCUCGACUGUGAUGACGAUGCGAACCAUUGACCUUAACACGCAUGUUCCCAGCGAGUCAACCGAGGGUAUGAGUUGGGCUAAGAUGUUUGAUAAGCACCAAUCCAUCCUUCACUCGAGCCUCAAGUCUUCACAUGCAGACCCCCGUUCUCAAACAACGACCGUUAUUUACGGCCACGAUGCCAAGACUGGCCUCAAGAUCCGCACAUAUACCAAGGGUCUUGACUCGGGCUGUGUGAAGGGCGGUAAACUGACUGCGCUGGUCAUUGAAGACGGCGGCAAGCAAAGCCUCGUGCAAGUCAGCUGUAAGCAAGACUACUCCAAGGAUAACAAGGAGAAGAAGGAGAAGAAAGACAAGAAGGAUAAAAAGGCCAAAAAAGCCAAAAAGGACGAUUGA